AUGGCCUCGAGGAGCCACUCAAGCUGUCGGUCGCUCUGGCCCUUGCGCAUCACGUUUGAACCGAGGAGACCGACACCGCCAAGUCCAAGGAUGAUUCUUGAAGAUUUUGGACGCGCCAAGUUCCUCUAUGGAACCGGUGUGUAUUUCGUCAAGUCCAACUACGACACAAACGACUACAUGAUGACUCCGAAGAACAUGGAAACGUCAAGUUCCAUCCCGAACGUGUAUGACUGCUUCAACGACACCCCGUGA